UUGAGAAAAUUUGACACCAUUAGAUUCGUCGCACCUUGCAAAAUUUUUAGGAUUUUUUUGGGAAUUUUUUAUUUUUUUUAUUUCAAAUUUAAAUUUAUUUUGUUCCGAAAUUAAUUCUAAUCACGAUUGCCAACGCUCAAAGAAAUCUCCGCUCUCCAAGUAAAUGAUUUGUUAGAUUCCCAUUCUGCCCUUGGAACCAAGGUUAUAAAUAUCUACGCCUCCUCUCUCGCUGGCACUUUUCCUAUGACAUCUCCCCUGCCUUCUCUUGCUCAAGAACACACAAUCUCCACCGCCAUGUGCGCGAGACACCCUCUAGGGUUUGAAGAUUCAAGCUUGAAAAUCACCUGCUCCAGCAAUGGCGUCCACUUCUGAGAUCCCAGAGGUAUGUUUUCCUUUCCAAUAUGUACUUUUGCCUUCUACUCCCUUUCCGAUCUCUUCAGUUGCAUCUCUCAUUUCUGCCUUUAUUUUCAGAAUCUUAGGGGUAACGUGAUUAUUUCGCUAGAGAAUCAACCCAGUAUGAUCUGCCUAGGUCCCAUGGGAAACCCAGAUCCAACUAGUAUAAUCAAUUUAGAGACCAGCAAGAUCCCCCUUAAUUCUUCCAACAUGAAUCUGGAUUGGUCUCAGGCCUUCAUAUCUUGGCCGAGCGUCACUCCUGGAUGGAGGAAUUGGUUCCGUAGGAUAGCCAAUACUCAGAGAACCAAGGGGAACAGUAUGAUAUCAGCCAAUGUCUAAACCUAUCUUUAUCAGAGAUGAUUAGGAAUGAGCCGAUGUUAAUAUCGGCUUCUUACUUUUGGUCCGAUGCCAACAACGCAUUCAUGUUCAACCAUGGGCCAAUGACACCAACUCUGAUGGAUGUCGUGAUGCUUACUGGCCUAAACAUUCACGCCCCUGAUAGACCUUUCUAUCUCCUAGAAAAAGCCUCCUUUAAGAUUGAGACAAAGAAUAUCGGCGGAUGGAAAGGAUAUAUCAACAAGAACAUGAAAACUGGAUCAGUUUCUGUCAGGGAGCAUACUGCAUUUCUCAACAUGUGGCUUGAGAAAUUUUAUCUUCUGUGGCAAAACCGUUGGCCCAACAAGCAACAAUCUUAGGUUGGCAGAUAUUUUGGCCAAUGGAAACUCUGUCCCCCUCGGCAAGCAUCUCUUGGGGUUAGUUUAUCAUCUGCUCCAUGAAGUAUCAGUCAGACUCAGAAAGAACCAGCCGAUCACCAACUUGGGAGGUCCUUGGUGGUUCAUUCAGUUGUGGCUGCACAUGUACAUGCAUAAAACCAUGGUGGUUGAGCUGUCAGAGAUGGAAUUCCCAUCAGAGAACUUCUCUAAAGAAGAAGAAACAAUCACUCGCCGAUGCACAUAUUCGGCGAAGCAGCCAUCAUGAUUGCCAUUGAUCCCAAGACCCUUGGCAUAACUGAUUUCUUCAGAUGUUUCUACAAUGGUUUCCCAGAAAUUUCCACUAUAUGGUUUGCAUACCAAGAUGAGAAGGUUAUUUAUGAAAAUCCCUUCAAAUUCCAGCUCGACUCUUGGAAAACAGAUGAAGAUGCCACAAAGAUUAUGAAAGAAAUAACCUCCCCAAGAAUUCUGCCAAUCAACUUCACAGCUGGCAAAGACAUUCCUAGUUAUGAAUUCUAUAACCCAUCAGUAGCAGCCAGACAAUUGGGACUCCGUCAAGUGCCACCCCUUCCUUUCUUUGUCGGCAAAGUUCAGUUCAGAGGAGCUCUUGACAGUGCUCUCUCUUAUGACCGGCUGAAGAAUCUAGAGCCUGAAAUCGACAUGAAAGCUUUAGCCGAUUGGCAAACUGUGCCCUUUAUCACUACUUCUUUCACCCAGUGGUGGUCAGAAUGGCAGGAACAUAUCUUCUGCAAAGCUGCCAAUCUCUACUGCAUCACCCUGAAUGAAAAUUAUCAAGCAGCUGAUAAUGAGGGUGAUGGCACUGAUCCUCCAACCAUUAGCAGAAGCGGCCAGUCAAUCAACUACGCCCUGCCAGCCGAUAAACCAAACAUCGGCCAUGAUGCUCCAACUCUGACAGAUGUGGCCACCAGGAAAAAACGUAAAUUGUCCUACACCAAAGUGACAACUCGCAAGAAGAAGAAAUCCCCAGGCCAAUCUUCAGCAAUAUCAGCAUCCCAAAUAGAUAAUCUAGCAAAUCCUCCCUCUCCUCCUUCGGAAGAUAUCCCUGAAGACCAAUCUGGAGGAGAAGAAGAUUCCCAAAGCCCACAUCCUUGUACACCAUCAACCAUUCAGGUAUUCAACAAGCAACCAAAACUCCUCCAUAACCCUGAAUCUUGUCAUCAUUUUUUCAUCGAUUCUUUCAAGUGAAGCAUUCACCUCCAACCCCAAAGAAAUCCAGGGCAGAUUCUCCACUGAUACAGGUAUAAUUUCAGAGCUUGCUUAUAAUUACAUCCUGCAUAUUUCUAACAAUCAUUCUCCAGCUUGCCGACCAUGCAUUAUCUAAAUUAUCUGGCCAGCCAAAUACUGCAAUUCCAGCCUCUUCAUCGCAGCCCCUUGCUCCUGCUUGCCCCAAUUUCGAUGAGAUACGUCUGAAACAAGUAAGUAUUUUCUCUUUCGGCUGAUUUUACCAUACUUCUUGUCUCCAUCGGCCAUCUUAACUCUUACUUUCUUUUCAGGCACAAGAAUCCCCAGACAACAGUCUGUUUUCUUUUCAGAUUGGAGCCAUCUCCCAUGAAGAAGGAGAGCAAGCAGCAUCGGCCGAUUCAGCUGCACUAUCAAAUGAAAUUAAGGCCAAACUCCAGGAAUCCCUCCAGUUUCUGAACCAAGACAUUGGCCAACUAAUCAAGAAUGCCCAGCCGAUCCGUACCAUUUUGGAAGAACUGGAAGGCAAGCUCCCAGAAGUAAUCGAAGACGCACUAACUCCUGCAGCCUUCAUCGAGAGUCAUCGUGCACAAUUUCACAAGGCUCAAAAACAACUUGGCGAUCGUCUUCAGCAGGAGGAAAUCAUUAAACAAUGGGACAGCUCCAAAGCUUUAGCAGAAUCGGCCGUUGACGAAAUCAAGUCUCUGAAUGACACCCAAGUCGGCAUUCUGAGAAACAAAGCUGUAUUGGAAGCUGAACGCGAUCGUCUUCUGCAGGAGCUCAAUCGAGUAAAUCAAGCAAUAGACACUGCAGAUCACGAUCUGUCCCAGAUCCCACCGGCCAUCGCUAGACUCGAAGAAGAAAAGCAGAAACAUGGUCGCCAAGCAUAUCAACUUCACAAGAGUCUGCGGGCGAUUCCUGGCUCAUCGGCAGAUAACAAUCAAGUAAUUGAAAACAUUGAUCAGAUUCGCCUGCAUGCGAUAAAAGUAAUCCGGGAAGCUCUAGGAUUACUGUAAGAACAUUCCAUGCACCGUAAUUCCCAGAAUUCGCAAACAACUUGAUCUCAUCCUAGAAACUUGGCUUUAUGAUUUAUUGCUCUAAGGGCGACUCAUAUCGUGUCGGCCAUGUUACAACUGAUGCAUCCAACUUGCGAAUCGGCUUUUAUAUAUUUUUGCACUAAAGGCAAUACUUCCUAGUAUUGUCUAUAACUUAAGAAAUCCGGCCGAUGUCAAAAUCGGCCCCAUCUUCCUUGAUCAAGAUUCGUCUGAAAAAUCUUCACCUUUCACUGAUGUGACUUCAUAAUCAGCCAUCCAAAAGAAAUCCUUCUCUCAUGCUUGACCAGAAAGAUAAUUCAUCCGAUCAUAACUCACUAUAUGGGCUUCAGUCGAUGCCACACUGAAUGACGAAUUGGCAGACACUAUCUUAACAGCAUCAUCAACCCAUUGAAUCAAACAUUGAUGCAUAGUUGUUGGAAUACAACAAUUGGCAUGAAUCUAAUCCCGACCCAAUAGUAAACUGUAGGAACCUUUGCCAUUAAUAACAAAGAAAGUAGUAGGAAGGGUCUUACUGCCAAUUGUCAGAUCAACGCAUAAUGCUCCCAAAGCAGGAGACACAACUCCUUCAAAGUCUUUUAGCAUCAUAUUGGUCUUCGUUAAAUCAUCCUGGCCUUUCCCAAGCUUGCGUAGCAUGACAUAGGUCAUUAUGUUUACAGCUGCACCUCCAUCAACAAGCAUCUUUGUGACUGGUUUUCCAUCAACGAACCCUUUCAAGAACAAUGCUUUGAGAUGUUGCCUUUUUCAUCUUCUGGUUUUUCAAAUGUUGCCGAUAAUGGUUCCAAAUUCAACUGAGCCAUAACUUCUUCUAAUUCUAGCCUGCAGUCUUCAUCACAGGGUGCCAUAAACUCCUUUGGCAUUAUGAAAACCAUAUUAAUCAGCGCAACCGAUGAUUCAGAAUCUUGAUCAUCAUCGGCUCUCGGCUUAGCACGCCAAACCUGUGAUUUGACUCCCUUCUUAUUUAGAGUCAACUCUUGUUCUUCCUCUAUGAUCUCCAACUGGCGUAGUCUCUUAACGCGUCGCUUUUGAGAUCUGGUCAAACCCCCUAUACACCACUGAAGCUGACCUGUGCAAUCAGGUUCACGUUCUGGAUCUCUUCGCAUCGGCUGAUCGUCCUGCACUCUAUCAUCGGCCAUUCGUUCUAGCCGAUCGUGUCCAGGCACAAUUCUUCCAGCAGGAUCACAUAGCAUGGUCCUGCCCCCCAGUCGAUCAUGCACCGAUACCUUUUUCCUAGCCGAUCAUGCACUGGAGUGCGCUCACGUUGAUAAGGUUCAUCAAUAUGACGUGGCCUUUUAUAUGAUCGGCUGCCUUGACCAUUGCAUUCGGGACAAUCAUGUGCCGAUGGCAAUGUCAACCCUUCCUCCCAAUAGUAGACGAAGAAAGGACACCUCUAAUGAUCUUUCUCACGACGUGCCUCUUCUUCUCUGCAUUGCUGUCUUUCACAAUCACGCUAAAACUUAUUCAGCAGCAUUUGAGAUGUGACACGUCUAUGUAGCGCCAACGAAGGUUCAGCUUCACCCUGUGGACCCUUACCUUUGACCUCAUCGGCCGCUAUCUGCGCUUUGGGAUCAACAGCCCCAGAUUCUUUGGCCGAUGAUGAUGUCAACACCUUGGUCUGAGAAGGACCUGUGUUUCUAGCCAUAUCUACCAUAUUCGUAGCAAAAGGAUGCCCAUCGAUCUUCAUCAUCUUCUUAGGAGUUUCGAACUUCAGCUUCCCUUGCUCGAGAGCCAUUUGAAUUUGCUGCUGGAAGACUUUGCAUUCAUUUGUAUCAUGCGAUGUGGCAUUGUGCCACUUGCAAUACUUCAUGUUCUUGAGCUCGUCCUUCGACAUGAUCUUGUGGUAUGGCUUUAACUUGAUCAACCCUUCCGACAAUAACAAGUCGAAGAUCUUGUCAGCUUUGGUGAUGUCAAACCCAUAUGACUCAGGUUCUUUCUUUCCAAAUGGACACGUCAUCGGCUUCUUGCUGUUUUGUAUCCACUCAGCCAAUGCGAUCGUUUCUUGCUCCUCUUCAGAAUCAUCCUUGGCAGAAUAUUCCACAUAGUUUAUCUUUUUCUGAAAAGGCUUCUUUGACUCAUAGGUUCGAGCCUCCCCUGACAUUCUGGCUACAAUCUAGCUAAUGCUCUCAAAUUCUUGCGAAUCAUACUUGUCUUUUAUGUGUGGCAAAAGCCCAUUAAAUGCUACUUCUGCCAACUGUUGAUCAGACAAAACUAGACUGUAGCACCAGUUCUUGACAUCUCUGAACCUUUGAAUAAAAGUAGCAACCGAUUCGUCGUUUCUCUGCCUUAAGCUAGUCAAAUCGGUCAACUUCAAUUCAAUAAUCCCAGAGUCGAAGAACUGAUGAAAUUGUCUUUCCAAAUCGGCCCAAUAUAAUAUGGAAUUUGCUGGUAGGGUGGUGAACCAGGCAAAGGUCGAUCCAGAUAUAGAUAAGGAGAACAACCGAACUCUGAGUGCAUCUUGGUUGCCCACUUCUCCAAACUGUAGAAGGAACCUGUUAACAUGCUCUAUUGUAGAAACUUCUCCCUGCCCUGAUAACUUUGUGAAGUCAGGCAUCUUGUACUUGUGUGGGAGAGGAAUCUGAUUGUAAGCCGGAGGAUAAGGAGUCUUGUACAUAACAGAUUGUUGCUUUGGCCUUAAGACAAACUGCUCCCUCAUCACUUCAGCUAUCUUUGUACUCCAAUCAACUUGCUGAUCAACUGCUGGCAUCUGUUGAGGAGAAGCCAUGCUCGCUGUAUUUGUCAUCAUUGCAAGCUGCUGAGACAUAUGAUUCGUCGGCUGUUCAGCCGAUUGCAUCUGAUGUGCCUGUUGAGCUACCCGAUUAGGUGUCUGCUCAGUCACCGUCGGCUGUGGAACUGAUGGACUAGCCGAUUGUUGACCAGUAGUAUCCAUAUAUGGCACGUUGACAUAUCGCAAUUGCCCAGUCGCCUGAUCAUGGAAAACCCAGUUGACUCCUUUUUUGUGAGGGGACUGUGAAAGCAGAAUUUCUGUAGGAGACUGGGGUUGGAGCAUAAUUGCGAGACGCUGCUGCGGGGUCAUCGGCAGUGGCAUCGAUGCAUUGGAUUGCGCAGCCAUAUGCGGACUCCAUGUGCCUUGUGCAUUCCGCUAUGCUGCCGAUGCAUUCUGCUGGGAUCCCAUCGGCUGGGUGGCCGAUGGAUCAUUCCAAGGAGUCAUCGGCUGAGUAGCCGAUGCAUUAAACUGCGUCUUGGGUGGCGUAGAAAAGAAAUCUGGAUGCAUGCCAUACCUAGUAGCAAGAUUCCAUCCUUUUGGAAACACAGACGUAGAUCCAUCUUGCACAGAUGUAGUAAUAGGCGGAGUAGUCGAGUAGAUAGGAUCUGCUGUAGCCGUCGACGCUGCAGUAGUAACCUAUGGUGGUGUUUGACUGUUACUUGUCCCUGCCUGGCUAUUUGGAGCCGACAAAGCUGCUGCCAUAGACACUUCCAAUGGUGUAUAUUGCAUCUAAUUUGACUGUAUAUAACAAGGACCCAUGCAACCUGGAAACGUGCCUUCAGCAAAAGUCUUGACCACUGCGUUGUGUACUAUGUUGCCCAUGACUGUUACAGUUUUAACAAAUGCCUGUGCGACAGCUUGACCAACUGCAUCCAUCAUCUUAUUCUCACGUUGCAUCUCUGUCAACGGCUGGAAGGAUGGAAGAUUGAACUUUUUGAUGACAUCACCAGAUCUGGUGAUGCAGUAUGACAUGAGGCAUUCACGUUUAAACUGCUCCACAUGCUUUUCAUAUUCUUUCUUUUGAUCUUCUUUGAGCUUGUCUUUAGGAACAGGAACAUAGUUCUCUUCAUUGAGUUCAGAUUUAUCGGUAAUAUCCACCAUGUUGAAACUUCUGGUCCCACCGGGCCUGCCAAAAGAUGUGUUGACGCAAAAAUCAACACACUGGAAUCCGAGGGCAAGUGUUCGCGAAGCUUCGGAAAGUCAACCAAGCAUGCCAGUCAAUUUGACCUGAAAUUGACAAGGGAGAAGAUAAAGUUAAAUUCGAGAGCGAAUCGGCUGGGAUUCCGAAUAUCUCUCACACAAGUGUAUCGGCAGGCUCUGCCGAUACAGACAACGACAAAAGGAUAUUAGAUGCAAGCGUAUAGUAAAUAAAUGUAUCAGCAGUGAUCGGCCGAUAUAGGAAAUGACAAAACCGGCUUGGGGUAGCCGAUUGCACGUAUUUAACAAAAUCUAAGCUAUGAAUGUGUAACCCAGAUGAUGUGAUGCUCGAAACAAAUCUAAACCGGCUUUUAAGAUAACAAGAUGUUAAUCCAAAACCUAAAGCCGAUCGAAUAUGUCUCUAGCGAAUAGAUGUGAUAAUGGCCAAAAAGCAUAGGAUAACCUACAAAUCUAGCGGAUAUCGAUAAAUUUUGAAUAAAUCUAGAUGA